AAUGAAGUUUGAAGAAAUCAUUAGAAAAUAUGUUAGUCCAAUUAAGAGAUUUGAUCAUGUUCUUCCAAAUAAUUAUACAGCUUAAGAUAUCUAUCAUUAUUAUGAAGAUUUGGUAAAUUGAAAUAAUGAAGUAGGCUAAAUUUAAUGAAAUCGAAUCAUUCACAAAAAUCAGAUUUUCAAGAAAGUUUGCAGAAGUAGCAUAAACAUAAGAUUAAAUGGAUUGGUUGAAUGACAGAGCUAAAGAAAUAUCUAAUGUUGCCAUGAGUUUAUUCAAACUUAGAUUUCCAUAAUUGUGAA